GAAUCGCACUGUGAACGGGAAGAGGGGGUGAAAAGGGUGGGGGAUGAUCGGGCAAUACCAGGACAGUCCAGUAGCGAAGAGGGCCACAAAACCCCCAGCUCUCCGUGCUUUGCUUUCGUUUAUAGCAUGAGGAAACAGUCGAAACGUGAUCUGUUUACUUCUUCAGUUAUAAGCUUGAGCCUGGCUGGAAAUAAAUGCCUGCUAAUUUGUUAAUAAAACCUGUCCAGAUAUUUAAGAUAUGUCUGCAGUUUGGCUGCAUGUCGGUCAGUGUGGAAAUCAAAUAGGACAAGAAUGGUGGAGCUUCAUUGCAGAUAGGGCUGGACCAAACUGCCCAAGUGACAGGUAUCCAUUUGUCAGCAGUGAUGGAAAACUGGCUGCAAUUUGUGUAGACAGUGAGCCCAAAGUUGUGAGAAAAGGACAAACGCAAGUAAAGAACGGAUGCUUUCGAGAUUCCAAUCUUAUAUUUGAAAAAGAAGGGUGUGGAAGUAACUGGGCUUAUGGUUACCAUGGGCCACCUAGCCAGAAAGAAAGUGGACUGCGCCAAAGAGUGAUGGAAAGUCUUCGCAAGGAAAUUGAGAGAAGGGACUGCUAUUCAGGGACAGUGCUCUUCCAUAGUCUCAGUGGUGGUACUGGUGCUGGACUUGGUGCUCGCUUGUGUGAAGAUAUCCGUGAUGAGUACCCAGUGGGUUAUAUUCUUACAGUGUCUGUGGCCCCUCACAAGGCAGGAGAGAGCCCCUUACAGCACUACAACAACUUACUGUGUCUGUCUGCCUUGCAGAGGAGUGCAGAUGGUAUCCUUUUGGUCUGCAAUGACCAAGUGAUGAAUCAGGUGCUUUCUCCACUGAAUCGAGGAGGAGCCAUUUCCACUAGUCAUCAGCCACAGGCUUCCAUGUCAGUAAUGAAUACACACAUAGCUUCCUGUCUGGCUGGCCUGCUAUAUCCUGUUAGAAGCCUGAGGACUGCCAGUGGAAUCAGCCUUGGUUUGGAACCCUGGGAGCUUAUAAGAUCUGUAUGUCCAGUCCCUGCUGCCAAAUUCUUGCAGAGUAGCCAAGCCUCUACUAGAGGUGUUAUUCCAUGGGAAAGUCUUGCAUCCUCAACUCUGAAAGCUGUACCACGUCAUUCUUCAUCUGGAACAUCUUAUUGCAGCACAGCAGUUCUUGCCGUUGCACGAGGGGACCAAAGUGGCUCUUUCCAGCAUAACCUAAAUCAUGUUCUACAAAAGUUAAAACAGGGUCAUCACUGCCCUAGCUGGAACCCUUUCCCUAUUGACUACUGGACAGAUCCACAAGAUGUUGUCAAUGCUGGUCCAUCCUCCCACUCGCUCACCGUGUGCUCUAAUCACAGCAGCGUGGUAGACUUUCUUCAACAAGUGAAUGAACGUGCUCAAGAGAUGUUUAAAGCUGGGGCUUAUCUACAUUGGUACAGGCGGUAUAGUUGCGAAGAUCUGGAAUUUCUCCAAGCUUUUGAAACUGUAGAUGGUGUUAUAGCUGAAUAUCUCAAGCAAGGGUAAUGGAUUACAGAUAAAGUUUCUCAACUCAUGUUUUUUGAACUGUUAACAGGCCACCAGUGCCAUUUCAGAAGCAAGGCAGGAACCAGCAGCUCUGAAAUAGUCCAGGAUGAGUAAAUGUGUGCCAGGAAGUAAUGGUACCUUAUCCAGAGUUGCUUCCCACUUUGUGCUCAAGGCUACUGAGAUAGGUACUGUCUCCUCAGAGUCCUGAACUAGAUAUGUUUUUAGAAACCUUUUAUUGGAAAACCUCAAGCAAAAGCUUAUCAGAGUUCUAAUCUAGAAAAUCCAUUUCACUGUUUUAAAGGGAAAAUUGGCUUGCCAGUUAUUAUCAAUACUUGGCCAUUUUUCAAAAUAUACGUUUUUACUUUUCUACAAGAGUCAAUUAAUUACCUUCCAACUGCCAUGUUGUGGUAAUUUGGCAGGAGGUCUAUCAAUGAAAUUUGAACAAUUGGCAA